AUGGAUCCGGAACAAUUCAAAAUGUUCAUGGACCACCAAACGAGGCUUUUCAGCCAGCUUCUGAAAGGAAUUAACCAACCGACAGGUAGAGUACCUGGAGCUCAACCGUUGGGAGCCAAUGUCUCAGUGCCUCAACCGUCGCCACUCGCCCUGGACGGCGACAUGGAACAGAACUUUGAGUUCUUUGAGAAUAGUUGGAUAGCCUAUUCCAAAGCCAUUGGAAUGGAUCAUUGGCCGGAAGAGAACAACUCUCAGAAGGUUAGUUUUCUGUUAUCGGUUAUCGGUGAACAGGCCAGGAAAAAAUAUUUUAACUUCGAGUUAACUGUAGAGGAACAAGCUAGUCCGCAAGCAGCAUUAGCGGCUAUCAAGGGGAAAGUAUUAGCCAAACGAAACAUCAUUAUUGAUCGUUUAGACUUUUUCUCCGCAUCGCAAAUGCCGGGUGAGUCGAUCGACGAUUUUACAACCCGUCUGAAGUGGCUUGGCAAAAUCGCAAAGUUAGGCGUGCUGGAAGCAGAGCUUAUAGCUUUUAAAGUUGUUACUGCUAAUAAAUGGCCGGAGUUGCGCACCAAAAUGUUGACUGUCCAGGAUAUAACCUUAACUAAAGCAGUUGACAUGUGUCGCGCAGAGGAAAUUACUAAAACACGGUCUCAUGAGCUAGGUCUAUCUCCAAAUUCUGAAGUAAACAAAAUCGUCAAGCAUAAGUCGAGAACGCUGCGCUGCAAAUUUUGCGGCGACCGACAUGAAUUCUCAAAAAGAUUAUGCCCGGCUUUAGGGAAACGUUGUCACCGGUGCAAAGGCAAAAACCAUUUUGAGAAAGUGUGUAAAGCGAACCGUAAGCCAAUGAUGAAGACAAAGAAGAGAGUGAAAGAAAUCAGUGGUGAAACAAGUGAAUCAGAAGAAGAGUCGUCACAUAAUGAUGCGUCAUCAGAAGAGAGCGAAGAAAUCGAAAUCGGAAAAAUCAUGGACGAUUCAGAAAAAGGUGGAUGUGUACUAGCAGAGCUGGAUUUAAAACUAGGAAGUGUAUGGAAAUCCGUGAAAUGUGAGUUGGACACAGGUGCAAACGCUAGUCUGAUUGGUCGUGAAUGUCUAGCUAAGCUUCGCGGGGAAGCAGAACCGCAAAUACUUCCGACUAAACUCCGUCUUCAAAGUUUCGGAGGUAAUAGCAUCAAAGUCCUCGGGCAGGUGAAGAUUCCGUGUCGUCGCAAGGGUAAAAAAUAUUCGUUGGUCCUACAGGUGGUAGAGGGUGAUCAUCGCCCUUUAUUGUCGGCUAAGGCAUCUCGAGUCUUUGGUUUUGUGAAGUUCUGUAAAACAGUAUCUUUUACCGAAAGGAAAAUUUCUGAAACAAAUCUUCUAAACGUGUAUCGUAUUCAAGCGCAGAAAAUAGUAGAAGCUCAUUCAGAUAUCUUCGUUGGAUAUGGAAAGUUUUCUGGGCCAGUCUCACUUGAGGUUGACAGCAACGUGCAGCCAUCAAUUCAACCUCCACGCCGAGUUCCAAUUGCGUUGAGAGACAAUUUAAGGAAGGAACUUGCCAAGUUAGAGAAAGAUGGCGUUAUCGUGAAGGAAACCGCUCAUACAGAUUGGGUGAGUAAUAUAGUACUAGUACAGCGUGGCUCAGAAUCAUCCGGUAUUAGAAUUUGUUUGGAUCCGGUUCCUCUCAAUAAGGCACUCAAGAGACCAAACUUGCAAUUCGUCACUUUAGAUGAAAUAUUACCAGAACUAGGCAAGGCCAAAAUCUUCUCAACAGUCGACGCUAAAAAGGGUUUUUGGCACGUAGAACUUGACGAGUCUAGCAGUAAACUUACAACUUUCUGGACGCCGUUUGGUCGCUACCGAUGGACUCGACUACCUUUCGGUAUUGCCCCGGCUCCAGAGAUAUUCCAAAUGAAAUUGCAAGAGAUAAUUCAAGGUCUUCAAGGAGUAGAAUGCAUAGCAGACGAUCUUUUAGUAUAUGGGACUGGCGAUACCUUGGAAAAAGCCUUAGCUGAACAUAAUCGUUGUUUGGAGAAUCUCCUAAUACGCUUGGAAAAACAUAACGUCAAAUUGAAUCGCUCCAAGCUACGACUGUGCCAGACGUCUGUAAAAUUCUAUGGACAUAUGCUGACUGAUACAGGUUUACAGGCUGAUGAAAGUAAAAUUGCAACAAUACGAGAAUACCCGACUCCGACUAACCGCAAGGAAGUGCAUCGUUUCGUUGGCAUGGUAAAUUAUCUAAGCCGUUUCAUUCAAAACCUAAGUGCCAACCUUACUAAUCUUCGCAAAUUAAUCUCCGAAUCGGUACCAUGGCAGUGGUCCUGUAUAGAAGAAGAGGAGUUCAGCCGAGUAAAGUCGUUAGUGGCCGAUAUACGUUCUUUACGGUACUAUAACGUACAUGAACCGUUGACGAUCGAAUGCGAUGCUAGUUGCUUUGGCCUGGGCGUCGCAGUGUAUCAGUCAGAUGGUGUCAUUGGCUACGCCUCUCGUACGCUAACACCAACUGAGCGUAACUAUGCUCAAAUUGAGAAAGAGCUUCUAGCGAUUCUUUUCGCAUGCGUACGCUUUGAUCAACUUAUCGUCGGAAACCCUAAAACGAUUAUCAAAACUGAUCAUAAGCCACUCGUAAAUUUGUUUCAAAAGCCUCUUCUGUCAGCACCGCGCCGUUUACAACAUAUGCUGUUAAACUUGCAACGGUGUCGACUGACUAUUGAAUUUGUUACUGGAAAGGAAAACGUUGUUGCAGACGCUUUGUCCCGAGCUCCUAUCAACGCGAAAGAAAAGGAUCUUACUCCCGAGUCCGUUAUCAAAGUGUGCAAAAUAAACUUUGCCCGACAUGGGGUUCCUCAGCGGGUCAUUUGUGACAAUGGAACAAACUUCGUGAACCAAAAAAUGUCCACUUUCGCUCGGGAAUGGGAUUUCGAGCUUGUUACUUCAGCACCUCACCAUCAGCAGGCAAACGGGAAAUCGGAGGCAGCCGUUAAAAUUGCUAAGCGAUUGCUUAAAAAAGCUAAUGAUUCAGGAACAGAUUUUUGGUACACUCUUCUACACUGGAGGAAUAUUCCUAAUAAAAUUGGAUCCAGUCCCGCCGCACGUUUUUUAUCACGCUCUACUCGUUAUGGUGUGCCAACACCAGCUGUAAAACUUUUUCCUCGUGUGGUCAAAGAUGUUCCUGCGGCUAUAGAAAAGAAUCGCAAGUUAUUCAAGUACCAUUAUGACAAAACUGCGCGUGUAUUACCUGAAUUACAAACUGGGUCGCCUGUGUUCGUUCAGCUGCAUCCAGAAACAAAUAAAAUAUGGACUCCCGGAAUCAUCUCAAAUCGUCUCAACGAUCGGUCGUAUCAAGUAAACGUGGAAGGUGUUAACUAUAGACGAAGCCUGGUGCACUUAAAACCGCGUAAAGAUCCCAUCGUUAUCCCUGACAAACAACCGCAGCCAAUAAAUCCUGAGUUGAAGAAAACUAUGCAGACACUCGAUCUCAAUCGUAAACAACAUACCUUCGACAGUGAAAAUUUUGUGGUACCUCAACGGGAGACUACUUCGCCACAGCCUGCUGUGAUUGUACCACCGUCGCAACCGUCAAUGUCAUCAUACGUAACAACAUCAUCGCCUACCGUCAAAUCGCGUGAACGUGCUCCACCACAGACAAAUGAGAUUUCUAACAGUAGACCCAAAAGAGAAAUUCGAAUUCCGGCUAGGUUCAAUGAUUAUAGUUUGAAGUAG